AUGGGUCUCACGCCCAUAGGAAAACUUAUAGAGGCUUCUUUCUGGCACUCGUUGUGGUUUCCUGAGGAUGUCCUCCAAUGCAAGAUCUCUAGAACUAAGCAGAAAAAGAAGAACAGUUUUAGAUGGAAAGCACCAAGCUUCGGAAACCUGAAAUUUAAUGUUGAUGCUACUUGGAUUUCUGAAUCUUUACCAUCUACUUAUGCGUUUAUUUCGAGAAAUGGAACAAGAGAUUGUGAAGGAGGAAAGGUAGGACUUCCAGCAGGUCUUGACCCACAAGAAGCAGAAGCUAUAGGAGUCUGGCAAACGAAAGUUUGGGCCAAAGAGAAGCAGAUAAAGAACUUCGGUAUUGAGGGUGAUUGCGAAAGUCUUUUUAACUACAUCAACGGUCAGAAUGCAGAUGUAUCUUUGACAACUAAAGCUUAUAUACAAGAAGCUCAUAUAUUAGCUCAUCUUUGCAACAACUGUUUGGGUUUUGUCUUUGUUCCUAGACUAGGAAAUCAAGUGGCAGAUAACAUAGCCGAAUUUGCUAAAAAUGUAAACAACUGUUUCAAAUGGGAUAAAAUCCCACCUAUUAGUAGUAGAAAACAAUUCUUAGUAGAUAAUUCUAAUAUUGAGAGCUCCUCAAAUCUCAUGUUGGAUGGCUCUACUUCUUUUGUAACCUCGACUCUUUCAGAGUCCUAG